UGCUGGUGCCGCCGCCGCCGCCGCAGCUGCCUGGAUCUAGUGCGGCAGGGAGCGGAGCUUGCAGGCACUUUGCGAGGAGGAGCGCGCGGGCUGCGGGCGGCUGGGGCACCCCGGGGCGGCGGCGGCUCUCGCUGAGGCGGCCGUGGCAGCGGAAGGUUCUUCCUCCAGGGCUGGACUUGGUAACUUUGGAACUGUCCUCCAGGGUCACGUCCCGAACAUGAGCCUCCUCCUCUCCUUCUACCUGCUCGGGUUGCUUGUCAGUAGCGGGCAAGCUCUUCUUCAAGUGACAAUUUCACUUAGCAAAGUAGAGCUUAGUGUGGGCGAAUCUAAAUUCUUCACAUGCACAGCAAUUGGUGAACCUGAGAGUAUAGAUUGGUAUAAUCCUCAAGGAGAGAAGAUAAUUUCAACACAGAGGAUAGCAGUGCAAAAGGAAGGUGUUAGAUCACGAUUAACCAUCUACAAUGCAAAUAUAGAGGAUGCAGGGAUAUAUCGUUGUCAAGCAACAGAUGCCAAAGGACAGACACAAGAAGCUACAGUUGUUUUGGAAAUUUACCAAAAACUCACUUUCAAAGAAGUGGUAUCACCUCAAGAAUUCAAACAAGGAGAGGAUGCGGAAGUGGUUUGCCGAGUUAGCAGCUCACCUGCCCCUGUUGUCAGCUGGUUGUAUCAUAAUGAGGAAGUCACCGCUAUUUCCGACAAUCGCUUUGCUAUGCUAGCCAACAAUAAUCUGCAGAUUCUCAACAUCAAUAAAAGUGAUGAAGGUAUAUACAGGUGUGAAGGAAGAGUGGAGGCUAGGGGAGAAAUUGACUUCCGUGAUAUCAUCGUUAUUGUUAAUGUGCCGCCAAUGAUCACAAUGCCUCAGAAAUCCUUUAAUGCCACAGCAGAGAGAGGAGAAGAGAUGACGUUAUCCUGCAGGGCCUCUGGCUCUCCAGAGCCCUCCAUCUCCUGGUACAGGAAUGGCAAGUUCAUUGAAGAAAAUGAGAAGUACAUAUUGAAAGGAAGCAAUACAGAACUCACUGUCAGGAACAUAAUUAAUAGUGAUGGGGGUCCUUAUAUCUGCAGAGCCACAAAUAAAGCAGGAGAAGAUGAAAAGCAGGCAUUUCUCCAGGUCUUUGUACAGCCUCACAUAAUACAGCUCAAAAAUGAGACUACGUAUGAGGAUGGUCAAGUCACACUUAUAUGUGAAGCAGAAGGGGAGCCUCUUCCAGAAAUCACUUGGAAAAGAGCACUAGAUGGCAUCACAUUUUCCAAAGGCGAUAAGAGCCCAGAUGGCCGUAUCGAAGUCAAAGGGCAUCACGGAAGCUCAUCACUGCAUAUUAAAGAUGUGAAGUUGUCAGAUUCAGGGAGAUAUGACUGUGAAGCUGCGAGUAGGAUUGGAGGGCACCAAAAGAGCAUGUACCUUGAUAUUGAAUAUGCUCCAAAGUUUAUAUCAAACCAAACAAUUUAUUAUUCUUGGGAAGGAAACCCGAUCAAUAUAAGCUGUGAUGUGAAAUCUAAUCCACCAGCAUCAGUCCAUUGGAGAAGAGAGAAAUUAGUCCUGCCAGCAAAAAACACCACUAAUUUAAAGACGUAUAGCGCAGGGAGAAAGAUGAUAUUAGAGAUAGCACCUACAUCUGACAAUGACUUUGGACGAUAUAAUUGCACAGCUACUAACCGUAUAGGAACAAGAUUUCAAGAAUAUAUUCUUGCUUUGGCUGAUGUGCCAUCCAGUCCCUAUGGAGUGAAGAUUAUAGAGCUGUCACAGACCACAGCCAAGGUUUCUUUCAACAAGCCGGACUCCCAUGGAGGUGUGCCUAUUCAUCACUAUCAAGUGGAUGUCAAAGAGGUGGCAUCAGAAACCUGGAAAAUAGUACGCUCCCAUGGAGUUCAAACAAUGGUUGUUUUGAGCAACCUGGAACCAAAUACAACUUAUGAAAUCAGGGUUGCAGCGGUAAAUGGAAAAGGGCAAGGAGACUACAGUAAAAUAGAAAUCUUCCAGACAUUACCAGUCCGUGAACCAAGUCCUCCAUCCAUACACGGGCAGCCAAGCAGUGGGAAGAGCUUUAAACUCAGUAUCACCAAGCAGGAUGAUGGAGGGGCCCCUAUUUUGGAAUACAUUGUGAAGUAUAGAAGUAAAGAUAAAGAAGAUCAGUGGCUAGAGAAAAAAGUGCAGGGAAAUAAAGACCACAUUAUUUUGGAGCAUCUACAGUGGACAAUGGGGUAUGAAGUUCAAAUUACAGCUGCCAAUAGAUUGGGAUAUUCAGAACCAACAGUCUAUGAGUUCAGCAUGCCACCAAAGCCGAACAUUAUUAAAGAUACGCUUUUUAAUGGUCUUGGGCUCGGAGCAGUCAUUGGCCUGGGUGUGGCGGCACUCUUGCUAAUCCUUGUGGUAACGGACGUCAGCUGCUUCUUUAUUAGACAAUGUGGGUUAUUGAUGUGCAUCACGAGGAGAAUGUGCGGGAAGAAGAGUGGCUCUAGCGGGAAAAGUAAAGAACUCGAAGAAGGAAAAGCUGCAUACCUGAAAGAUGGAUCGAAAGAACCAAUAGUGGAGAUGAGAACAGAGGAUGAAAGAAUCACUAAUCAUGAGGAUGGGAGCCCAGUAAAUGAGCCAAAUGAAACCACACCACUAACAGAACCUGAAAAAUUGCCUUUAAAAGAAGAAAAUGGAAAAGAAGUCUUAAAUCCAGAAACUAUAGAAAUUAAGGUUUCUAACGACAUCAUACAAUCAAAAGAAGACGAUAGCAAAGCAUAACACCAAGAUCACAGAGGCUUGAACAUGCUACAAAGAGCAUUUGGAUUGCAGUGACCCUAUGACCAAAACUAUUCCAUUUACCUUAAUUUCUUGGGAAACUUCUAGCUUGGAAUAGCUUGUACACAUAUACAUAUGAUCAAAUAUUCCUGCCCAUGUUCCAUUACCUUUUGUUGUUGUUGUUAUUGUUGUUGUUUAUUUUGUUAUGAAUUUCAAUAUAGAGACCUGACUGGCACCAACUCUUGGGUAUCAAUUUGAUUCUGUGAUUGAAAUACUGCAAUUUAUUAUACAGCUAAAGUGCUCUGUUUCUUAAGGACUAUAUAUUUCAUCGACAACCUCUCCCACAAAUAGGGGUUUAAGGAAAAAAAAGCUUUGUGAGCUAAAUGUAUAAGAAAGCCCUGCAUGUUUUUCAUCCUAUCUUGGGUAAACAGAUUAUUAACGUGGAUUUCAGUUUAAGAUGAAAACAGUUAAUAAUUAUCAGGAGAAUUUCAGGGAACUUGGGCUUGAAGGAGCCAGUUAUCUUUAGCAGAUAUUAAAAAUUGAGAGAAACUUUGGAAAAUUCUAAGUUAUAGUUACAGUGCUAUUUGGAUGUUAAGUUUUGAUAGACUGAAUUGCCAGAUCAAAAUUGUUACCCAUUUGAACGAAUAUCAGUUGUGUGUAAAAUUAGAUUAGAAAGAUUCCGUAAAUCUCUCUCUUUAUAUAUGCCAUAAUCACUCACAAUGGAUUACACAAAAAAUAAAUGUAUUGCAAGUGAAAAUAAUAUUGAUUUCUGCCCUCAGCUUCAAAUAAAGUAAAUUGAAAU